AUGAGUUCUGUUGGGCUGUACGCUGAAAAGCAAGGACGGCACACCUCGGCGAAGAUGCGAAUAAUCGCGUCAGGCGAUGACAUCAGCCCGCCCGUCAAGUCACUCUCCAAAGAGUUCCUUGCUGCCCUCGUUAAAGAAGACGUUCUAGAAAACCUUAGCGAUAGAGCAUCGUCAGCACUGAAGAAAGGCAAUAAACGACGAUGCUGCUGGUGGCAACGAAGCAGAAGUUGUGACUCUUUCGUGCUACUAGCGGCAGCUGUGAAACUUAUUAUUUAG